GCAGAGCUUUGUGGUCCAGCCCAGCUUUCCUGGAAAGUUCUUGGAAAUCUAUCAAAGGUAUUUCUUUGAACACAUAGGGAACGGCAGCCAAGUGCUUUAUAAAACAGAAAACAACUUACAACUUUUCAGCUGGGUCCCUGGAAGGAGAUGACCGAGUUGAUCUGACCUUGCUUUUUUCCUUGGGGAUUUUGGUAUCUUUUGGAGGCUUUUUUGCCCCCCAAUUCUCUGGAGUGCUGUGCUGACAUCAAGACGUCCAUUAUGGACACAUCUAUUUAUACUUUUUGUUUUUUAAUGUCAGAACAGUGAUGCGAAUACAAUACAAUUCCAGGAAUCCGUCACUUCCUGGAACAGAUUAAAAGGGGCAAACAAAAGAUUACUUAGCUGUGUUUUUUUUCCCAGAGCUUCAUUACUUCUGGAGCCAGUGUCCAAGCAGGUUGCUGCUCUCCCAGCUCUACAUUCAGGGAGAGAUUAUUUAUUGAUACCUAUUUAUUGUUAUUUCAGAGGUUCAAACCCUGACUUGAAAGGUUGUUCUGAAGGAGAAUUCGUUCCUUCUUUAAAAACCAUUUUUUCCUUUUCUCUGGUUAUUUUAUUUUUUUUCUUUUGAAUCAGAGCAAGAAUAUAUUUUAUCAUCUUCAAAAGCACCAAGACAGUGCACAUUUUCCUAGCUAAAGUUGCUGAAAAAUCCGUAAAGCUUCUUUCUGGGCAGUCUGAUUUGCUUUCUGCUUGGCUUCUCCGGGCGUGUGCUGUGGAAGAGGUUUGUUGAGAGCAGUCCAAUCUUUUCUUCCUGUGAAUUCCUAAGACUUGUCCUACCUCCUUCUGGGCAACAAAGGAGAAGGAGACAAGAAAAAGGGGAAGAUCAUUUUCCCAUCCUUUUGAAGACUUAAUGCUUUUUCCUUGGUCUUGGAGUGACAUGAUCCUCUGUGUUCAGGGACCCCAUCCUUUGCUGGCAGAGGAGAAGAUCAGGAGACAGUCACUCAGAGGCAUUGCAGUGAAUUUGUCGGAGCAGAUCAUGCAACCUCGCUCCGUUACGGUCUUCCAGGGAGAAUCCGCUCCUGCCUUUGUGGCGCCUGCUCCUGAAAACAACCUGCCUCGGAUGCGAGAUCCUGAAGAAGAUCUCCUAUGCAUUGCAAAAACCUUCUCCUACCUGCGAGAAUCCGGCUGGUAUUGGGGAUCUAUCACGGCCAGCGAGGCCAAGCAGCAUCUCCAGAAGAUGCCUGAGGGAACCUUCCUGGUACGGGACAGCACCCACCCCAGCUACCUGUUCACACUCUCUGUCAAGACCAACCGGGGCCCCACCAACGUGCGCAUUGAAUAUGCUGACAGCAAGUUCCGGCUCGACUCAAACUGCCUGUCCAAACCCCGCAUCCUGGCCUUCCCAGAUGUGGUCAGCCUUAUCCAGCACUACGUCACGUCCUGCACAACGGAGAACAAGAACGAGGCCCCUUACCCACCAGCCUCGCCCCUGUCCAAUCUGAUACGGCCGCUCGGCCGCAAGGACAGUGCCCCCAGCCUACAGCACCUGUGCCGGCUACAGAUCAAUAAAUCGACAGCAGAGGUGGACCAGCUGCCCCUGCCCAGGCGAAUGGGGGACUAUUUGAAACAAUAUCCCUUUCAGCUCUGAGGGGUGGCCGCUGGGUCUCAAACAGACAGACUGGACUCUCGAUGUCUUUAUGUCUCACUGAAGCACGGCAUCCAGGAGCGUACAGCAAAGACAUGGUCCUCAGCAGUGACUGUGUCCACUUUUCCUCUCUCCUCCCCCAAUUCCAUUCCUACCCCAGGGAGGGAGCUGGUUGUACCAGUGAACUGUGGGACUCAAUCCAACCUCUGAGCCUCAGAGGCUUGAAGGACGUGCUCUUGAGAGGUGCACACUACUUGAAUUUCUGGGCUGCCGUGACGUUAGGAGUACUGCCGUUGUUCUUAUCACUAUUUAUUUCCUGGGUAACCUCUCUCCUGAUAUUUUCAAGCGCCUUUUAGUCCCUUGUUUUUGUUUCUUUUCCAUUCAAGGAAGUGGGGGUGGACCCAGGCUAGAAUCAAGGCUCCCAACUCAGACCUGACCCGACACUCUGGGGCAGUUUGGAUCUGGAUUUCAGUGUCCCCACCUUGAGCUGGUCUUUGCAGUAGGCCAUUCUGAAUUCCACAUCCAAACACCUCUGGAAGCCUGGGGAAACUGAGGUUCAGACCAGAGUCUAGAUCGCAAUGUUGGCACCAGAGCCCUCUCUCUGAAACGUGUGGUCUAUCUCCUUUUUUCACAAACUAGAAAUGGGCUGGAAAUUCUGUGACCUCAGAGCGUACGGGUGGCAGGCGUCUGUGGAUCUCACUGGGACCUCACCACUGAGGUGACCCACGGGUGGGAGGAUCUUUGGAGAAAACCACCUUUCCCUGGCAAGUUCUUACCACAGAUUCUGGAUACUGAGUUGGGGACAAGGAGGCCCUGCUCAGUUCUCCUCUAUCCUCUCUUUAAAGGAAGUUCCCAGUAACGCUUUUAAAUCUAAGCCCCCACAUGUGGCUCACAUUCUCUUGCCUUCAGUGCCACGCUCUUGGCACGGCCUUGGCCUUGGUGAAGCAGGAAGGAAGGUAGUGGCACCCUGGCCCAGGCUCUGCUCAGCUGGCAUUUAUUUAUUUAUUCUUUCAGUGGCACAGAAAAAAUCCACACAUACCCCUGCUGCAUCCUCAGCGUGGUGCCAAAUAACCAUCCCCUCCUACCCCAUCCAGCACCAAGUGACUAGCCAACCACCACGGGGCAGCUUCACUCAGAACCGUGUGUUAUUGCGGUGUCCCCUCUUUCAUUCCCUAGUAGCCUCUGCUCACUGGAAGGAGACUGACUCUAACCAAUGUCAGUAUUGCUGUUGUACCCCAGAGCAGAAACAGCAGUUGAGCAUCUUCCCCUUUGCCAGGGUCUGCACCCCUCAGCCCUCCCUGCCCCCUCCCCCAGACCUCUGCCUGUGGAAUCCAUGUCUUAUCUAGCCCCGGGGUUUCAAAAUGAACCUGCUACCCCAACCCCCUUCACCCCACCCCCGCCCAGUAAGUCGGUCACAAUGGGCCCCGCCAUCCCCUGCAGAAGGAGGAGACAAGGAGCAGGUGAUCCUGCCCAGCAAAGUGCAUGGAAGGGAGGAGACUGCCUUGUGUGUGGCAUCAUUAGCUCCCCCACUUGCCCAGCCUCACAGUGACCAGUCCACAGGACGGUGGGCGUGGGGGUGAGGAAGAUGCACCUGGAAAGGGGAUGCACAGGCCCUGCGGGCUGCUCUUCUCCACAGCAUCUUCCCUUACCUCUGAACCCCCAGAACUGGUGGCCCUGGCCUCCAUAGAUCUCAGCGCUGGCUGUACGUGGGAGGAGAAAUCCCAGCUUGCUUAGCAAGCUGGAAGGGGAGGAUGAAGAAAUGGGACAUCGCCUCAGGGGAUAAGUGUCUAAUAGCCCAAGAGGCAGUGGGGCCCAGUGCCUUCAGGCAACACCCAUUUCCUGUCAUGAUUUCACAGGAGGGGAGUAUUGCUGGCUUGGAGUUCCAUGCUGCCGCCACUGACCAUGUGCUGCGUGAGAUCAGGUUGCCCUGUUACUGCCUCCCUGCCCCCCCCCGACAGGGGCUGUGGGACCGCAACCCAACAGAGCAUGGAAAUUCAAAAGCAAACAGCAAAUACAUGUAAAAAUACCUCCUUAAGGCCACUGAACAAGGCUUCCUUUUAGCCGCGCUCAUGUUUGCCGGGGGCAAAGUGGAGGGUGCAGCGGAGGGUUGGAGACCAGGAAACCCCACUUAUAGAUGAUGCAAUAAUCCCUGUGGGAAACCCGUACAACUGGCCAAGCAGAAACGUGGUCACUCUGGGGAAGGCUCCAUCACUGCCAUAGUGUGUGUUGUGAGAGGGUGGGUGGUUCUGCUUCCUGAACCAGCCCACAGUGACCCCUAUUCAGCUGUGUCUUAGCAACUGACCUUUUCUCUCUGGAGCUGGGGAAGGAAUCAAGCCUGCAGGUUUCUGAGCUUUUGCCCAAAUUGCUCCUGGGGGAGGAAGGGAAGCUGAGUGAGGGAAGAGGCUAACAAUGCAUCAUGCUUGGUCUAUCUGACAGUGAGUGGAUGACCAGGGAGAAUGACCAGGGAGAGGUGCAGACUGUAAGCUCUUAUGGGCAGGGAUGCUCUCUGGUAUGUUUGUACAGCACUGAGCUCAUGGGGCCGCCGGGUGCUACUGCAAUAUAAAUAAUAAAUAAUAAUA